AUUUUACGCCGUCGUCUAUCUAAGGCCAUCUUCGGUAUUAUCAAAAACUGGUUCUGUCUUCUCCCUUUUUCGUUUUACCUUCUUCCAAGAAACCGACUCAGUGCCCUCCAUUCUUUUCUCCUUCUUUCCUAACCCAAAAUAUCAAAUCACGACGUUCAGCAAACCCUAGUUUUUGUUUCGUUUUUUUUGAGUUUGCGUGCGUGUGUGUUUUUUUUCCUUUCAUGUUCUCCUAUCUGCUGCGUUGUUUCAUCAAAAGAAUGAAAUCAUAAUUGGUUUGUUUAUCUGGGGUUAUCCGAUUGGUAACGUCAUUGAAAUCUAAUCAAUCACAGGCGUCAGGGAUGUAUUACGUUACCGUUAUUGUGUUCUUGUUUUAGUUUGAUAAUUCAUUUUUGAAAUCUGUAUAACUGGAAUAAUUUGAGGGGGGUUAAUUGAUCUAUAUGGUAUAUGGCGAACGGUACGGCUCCGGAUGAGUUCGUGGUGUUAUCACGAGUCCGGACUGGUCUGAAGCGUGAGUUUGCAUUUGCUUUGAAAGUUCAAUCGACGAUUUGUGGAUCAUUAGGUCGGACUCGUUCCACGAAGUUACAUAAUGCGAUUCCGGAGAGUCCCACCCCGAAGAGGUUAAAGGGGUUAGGGACGAUGGAGGCCAAAGAAGGUGAGGAGGAAGAUGAGGAAUCGGAUGAGGCUGCCCAGUUAAGGAGUUGCGAGGUGGGGGAGGUUGAGAAGGUGAAGAUAAUGGAGGACAUGGCGGAUUCAAUGAGUGAAGAGGAAGCCAAGAGUGAUAUUGUAGACCUUAUAAGCGAUGAAGAACCCAAGAGUCAGGUUGAUGAAUCUACGGGUGAUACUGGAACUAAGGACGAGAAAUUGGAUGCAAUUCGUAUAGAAGAAUCGAAGGAGGAACUAUUGGAUAGUGAGGAUCCAAGCAGCCAUCGUACUGUGGAUUUAGCAAUACACAGCGAAUUGGUCGAUGUAAAAGUGGAUCCCUCGUAUGAGGAAGAAUCUAAGGAAACCUUGAGGAAUGAAUCUGAAGAGCUUUCGACAUGUGCGGAUUUAGGGAAGGCGGGUAAAAAUGUUUCCUCAGAGGAAGCAGCUAAUGGGUCGAAGUCGAUCAUUGAUGUUAAUGGUCAGUUGGGAAAGAAGAUGUUUCAGCAGCCUCGCAAGAGGUUUACUCGUUCGGCCUUAAAACAGAAUGUGGAGCCCACGUCCUUAGAACAUCUUUCAAAAUGUAAUACGGGUGUGGCAAUGCAAGUAAUCACGAAUGAUACUGAAACCAAACCUGAGGAUAUUCCUGGCCCCUUAGCUACACCUCCGGUGAAGAUUGGAAAGACAAAGCUGAAGAAAGUGUCUGCUAAGAAGUUUCCCGCCAAGUUAAAAGACCUUCUGGAUACAGGUAUUUUGGAGGGACUUCGAGUAAGAUACAUCAGAGGUUCUAAGAUCAAAGCACUAGGAGAAACUGGGCUUGGAGGAGUAAUCAGUGGCUCUGGGAUAAUUUGUUUCUGUAACAACUGCAAAGGAAAAGAAGUUGUUUCUCCUACUUUAUUUGAACUACAUGCCGGUAGCUCAAAUAAACGUCCACCAGAGUACAUUUACUUGGAGACUGGGAAUACCCUCCGGGAUAUCAUGAAUGCAUGCCAAAAUUUUUCUUUUGACCAGACAGAAGAAUUCAUCCAAAGUGCAAUUGGUCGUUCCUUGGUAAAGAGAACUGCUAUCUGCUUGAAUUGCAAAGGUCGAAUUCCUGAAUCAGACACUGGUAUUGCCAUGCUACUUUGCUGUUCAUGCAUGGAUUCAAAGAAGCCUCAGGUUAGCUCAAGCCCGAGCCCGAGCCCCAGCCCCAGCCCCACUCCUAUAGUCUUUAGUAAAGACAGAACUCCAAAACCUAAUGUACUUUCCAAGUCAUCUGACACUAUAACGAAGAGUGUUUCGACUCGUGGUAAAAUUCAUGGAAGAAUAACUAGAAAGGAUCUAAGAUUGCAUAAGUUAGUGUUUGAGGAAGAUAUAUUACCUGAUGGAACUGAAGUUGCAUACUAUGCCCGUGGGCAGAAAUUGUUGGUUGGGUAUAAAAAGGGAUCUGGUAUUUUUUGUAGCUGCUGCAAUUCUGAGGUUAGUCCCUCACAAUUUGAAGCUCAUGCUGGUUGGGCAUCAAGGCGCAAACCAUAUUUGCACAUUUACACAUCAAAUGGGGUGUCUCUGCAUGAGUUGUCCAUAUCUCUAUCGAAAGGACGGAAGUUCUCGUUGACUGAUAACGAUGACUUGUGUAGCAUUUGUGCAGAUGGAGGGGAUCUGCUGUGUUGUGAUGGCUGCCCCAGGUCUUUUCAUAGAGAUUGUGUUCCUUUACAAUGUAUCCCUACUGGUAUCUGGUACUGCAAAUAUUGCCAGAAUUUGUUCCAAAAGGAAAAAUUUGUGGAGCACAAUGCCAAUGCUGUUGCCGCUGGAAGGGUUGCUGGUGUUGAUCCUAUUGAACAGAUAACAACGAGAUGCAUUCGAAUUGUCAAAACUAUGGAAGUGGAAGUUGGUGGAUGUGCAUUAUGCAGAUGCCACGACUUUAGCAAGUCAGGGUUUGGUCCUCGAACUGUUAUUCUCUGUGAUCAGUGUGAGAAGGAGUUUCAUGUUGGUUGCUUAAAGGAAAACAACAUGGAAGAUCUGAAGGAACUUCCUCAAGGAAAAUGGUUUUGUUGUCCGGAGUGUAACAGAAUACAUUCUGCCCUAGAGAAGUUGGUGGUUUUAGGAGGAGAGAAGCUGCCUGAGUCUAUUUUGGUCUCUGUUCAGAAAAAGAUUGAAGACCAGGGUUCAGCAAGCAUAAACGAUGUUGAAAUUAGAUGGCGGGUCCUCAAUUGGAAAAUGCUGUCUUCUGAUGAAACUAGAUCAUUACUUUCGAAGGCGGUUUCUAUUUUCCAUGAUUGUUUUGAUCCGAUUGUUGACUCAGCCUCCGGGAGAGACUUCAUUCCGUCGAUGCUUUAUGGGAGGAACAUCCGGGGUCAAGAAUUUGGUGGGAUAUACUGUGCAGUUCUAACAGUGAAUGAAUCUGUUGUGUCAGUGGGAAUAUUUCGAAUAUUUGGGGCUGAAGUAGCGGAGCUUCCUUUAGUAGCAACAGAUACCAACUUUCAAGGACAGGGCUACUUCCAAUCUUUGUAUGCAUGCAUCGAGAGGUUCUUAGGAUUUUUGAACGUAAAGAAUCUAGUUCUUCCAGCUGCAGACGAAGCAGAGUCAUUGUGGAUCAACAAAUUUGGUUUUAGCAAGUUACCUCCUGAAGAGGUAAUGGAGUUCAAGAGACAUUACCAAAUGAUGAUCUUCCAAGGGACGUCGAUGUUGCAAAAAGAAGUACCGAAAUAUCGUGUAAUUAAUAGUGCAGCAAACCCAGGGAGCUGAAGAUGAAACAUAGUAGAACUUAGGUAACUGACAGUGGAUGAAAUUCUUUUGCAGUGGAAAGCAAAUGAAGCAACCCCACUUGCCCUGAUGAAAUCUAUACAUAGGGAGGGAAGGGGAGGGGUGUUGCUUUUUUUCUCUUUUUUUUUUGUUGGGUGUACAGAAAAAUGGUCAUACAACCCUGAUGAAUGAUAGGGUUAACCAAAUUUUUUUGCUAGUGUACAGGAGGAAAAAAGGGAAAACAAAAAAGGAUGGUAGUUAGUUUGGUGAAGGCUUGUGGAGAAAGAAAGUGUUUGGGUAAAGAAAGCUUUCCAAAAUUUUGUUCUCGGCUUUAAAUUCCAUAGUGUAUUUUGCUAUGACUUUAUGGGUGUUUUUUUUCUAGUGUAUUUUGCUAUGACUUUAUGGGUGUUUUUUUUCUUUUUUGCAUCCAGAGGAUGUAAUUCUUUGAAUCUGUGAUCAUGAAUGUUUUAAAUUUGAACAUGAUUGUGGGUUUGAAGAGAGAAAUUGAAUAUAGCAGUUAUAAAUGUUGGGUUGUUAGUUUAAUAUCAAUAUUAAAUAUGUAUAAAACAUUCUGCUUGCCA